AAUAACAAUAGUUUAAUCAAAAAUAUUGAAUUUUAUUUAUCUACAUUGAGAGCAAGGAGUAUACUUAGGAUGUCCGAAGGUCAUCACGGCCAUGGUGGCGAUAAGAUGGAAAUUUCUUGUCCGCAUAUGAUGCUCUUUCAUGGUGGGCAUUGCGAGCAAAUUCUCUGGAAGGCUUGGUCCGCAACGACAAUUUUAGAAUUUUCAUUGUCUGCGAUUGCUAUUUUCCUUUUGGCAUUCUUAUAUGAAGGUGUCAAGUUUUUGCGACAGUUCCUCCUUCGUAGGGAACUUGAAAAGAUAUCUAAAAACAAAGAGAAGACAGAUGUUGUAUGCAGCACAAUUGCUGGACUUAAAAAUAAACAAUUGUUUAAGCAAAUAGCAGCACCUCAACAUCUCAUACAAACCUUAUUGUUCUUAUUUCAAGUUACAUUAUCUAUGCUACUUAUGUUGAUAUUUAUGAGUUUCAAUUACUGGUUGUGCCUAUCAAUUCUGUUAGGUCUUACAGUUGGAUACUUUCUGUUUGGUUGGAUUAAAGACGAUGCCUAUGACAGUGAUUGCUGCAAUUAAAAUACAUGUAUAUUUACUAAUGCAAAUACAUUUGUAUCUAUUAUUACAGUCGAAAAAUAUUGCUAAUAUUUGUUAAGAAAAAAUAAAUUUAAAAAUUAUUUAACUUUCUAAUGGAAA